ACAGCCCCGGCAGCAGCAGCAGCAGCAGGCGCCGCCGCCGCGGUGUGGACUGUGCUCUCGUUUCAUCCCGGAGAAGGAGGGAAGCGAAGCACCCCCACCCCACCCCACCCUUCCCGAGCAGCGGAGCAGAAAGCGGGCCGAGGAAUCCGCGAGAUGAAGAAACCUCCUCUGGCCGCGCUGGAAAUUUCCCCCCGUCAGGCGUGUCCUUUUUAAUCGGGGGAUCCAGUGGGAGAGGAGAGCCGGGCUUUCCCUCCAGAGCGGCAGCGCGACGGCGAGGCGAGCUGACUUCUUGGCAGUGGGAUGUUCUCAUCUGUGCAUUCGUGCCAGCUUUCUUGGCUUGGAUAUAGCAUCGUAUUAGCACCCUGCUUUUACUACAGUCAGUAACUAAUAACUUAAUAAAGGAUGAGGAGAUUUGUCUACUGCAAAGUGGUUCUUGCCACUUCUCUCAUGUGGGUCUUGGUGGAUGUGUUUCUCCUGCUGUACUUCAGUGAGUGUAACAAAUGUGAUGACAAGAAAGAAAGGUCCCUGCUGCCUGCUCUAAGGGCUGUUAUGUCAAGAAGCCAAGAAGGACCGGGAGAGAUGGGAAAAGCAGUUCUCAUUCCCAAGGAUGAUCAGGAAAAAAUGAAAGAGCUUUUUAAAAUCAACCAAUUUAAUCUUAUGGCUAGUGACAUGAUCGCAUUCAACCGAAGUUUGCCUGAUGUAAGAUUAGAAGGAUGUAAGACAAAAGUCUAUGCUGAUGACCUACCCACCACAAGUGUGGUCAUAGUGUUUCAUAAUGAAGCUUGGAGUACUUUGCUUCGUACUAUUUACAGUGUUAUCAAUCGGUCUCCACACUACCUACUUUCUGAGAUCAUCUUGGUAGAUGAUGCCAGUGAAAGAGAUUUUCUGAAGCUCCCAUUAGAGAAUUACGUAAGAAAUUUGCAAGUGCCAGUAAAAAUUAUUAGAAUGGAACAGCGGUCGGGACUGAUUCGAGCUCGGCUUAGAGGUGCUGCCGCUUCUAAAGGCCAGGUCAUCACUUUCUUGGAUGCACACUGUGAAUGCACUACAGGUUGGCUGGAGCCCCUACUGGCAAGAAUAAAGGAAGACAGGAAAAUUGUUGUAUGCCCAAUUAUCGAUGUAAUCAGUGACGACACAUUUGAAUACAUGGCUGGAUCAGACAUGACUUACGGAGGAUUCAACUGGAAACUCAAUUUUCGGUGGUACCCUGUUCCCCAAAGAGAAAUGGACAGAAGGAAAGGAGACAGAACUUUGCCUGUGAGAUAUGGCAGUGUGGAGGCUCCCUGGAGAUUGUAACGUGUUCACAUGUUGGUCAUGUUUUUCGAAAAGCUACUCCUUAUACAUUUCCUGGUGGUACUGGUCAUGUAAUUAACAAAAAUAAUAGAAGACUUGCAGAAGUGUGGAUGGAUGAAUUUAAAGAUUUUUUCUACAUAAUAUCUCCAGAUCAGAAAUGUUGAGACAAACCAAUGUUUAGAUAACAUGGGGCGUAAGGAAAAUGAAAAAGUAGGCAUAUUCAACUGUCAUGGCAUGGGAGGAAAUCAGGUAUUUUCAUACACUGCCGACAAGGAAAUUCGCACAGAUGAUUUAUGUAUGGAUGUCUCUAGGCUCAAUGGGCCUGUAAUUAUGCUGAAGUGCCAUCACAUGAGAGGAAAUCAACUUUGGGAAUACGAUGCCGAGCGACUGACCUUGAGACAUGUGAACAGUAACCAGUGUCUUGAUGAGCCCUCGGAGGAUGACAAAAUGGUUCCUACCAUGAAGGACUGCAGCGAAAGCCGAUCCCAGCAGUGGCUGCUACGUAACAUGACCUUGGGUGCCUAAAGCCAAGACACAGACUUCGUGUCCUUCCUCAGACCUUGGAAGGGUCUAACCUGCUCACCCUUCACACAAAAGGAUGUUCUUCUUCCCUUGUGCUCGGUGAAGAGAAAGGGUUUGGGAUGCUUGAUUCAAAGCCCACAUACCAGAAAACUACUUUUUUUAAAAAAAAUUGCUUAAAAGCAUGGUUGCACUUUCUCUCUCUCUCUCUCUCUCUCUCUCUCUCUCUCUCUCUCUCUCCCUCUCCCUCUCCCUUUCUCUCUCUCUCUCUUUUUUUUUUUUACAAGUCAGCUGAACACAUGGACGCUUUAUCCACCCUGGCAUAUACAGUAUUACAAAGACAUCGCAGUUUUGAGAAAAGCAGACUCCGGAAAAGGGUUACAAAGCAAAAGGGUGCAAGAGGGGUGGGGAAGUUGGCUUGCUGUGGGUUCUGUCCUGUAAUGUUGCUUGAAAGUGACAAUGUUAAAUGCCUUAUGAAGCUCACUUGCGUUGUGAAAGAUGGUGAAACAUUUGUUUUCCUCAAUUGAUGUACUUGUACCAGUCCUUCAUGGUGACAGAGGAAGAAUCCAUCGUUAAUCUGCUGCCAACCCAUUACCUAUGAAUAGCCCAGCUGAAAAGAUUUCUCGGCAGUAAAUUUCUGUAUAUAUUGGAUGUUUUUCAUGUAUAGUGUCGGGGGGGGGGGGUGGCAUUUCUGUUCCUGAAACCUCUUGUUAAAAUCCACAGAACUGGAUGAAGGAUAUUGCUGGUACGUGGAAUGUGAAAAUUGAAUUCACGGCCAAGGGAAGCAUAAGGAAAUGGGAUUGAUGAUACCCACCGACGCCCUUUGCAAAUUAUAAGUCAUUACAAGCAUUGUAACACAGUUGGCCAACUUCCAUAAUCUCACAUUAAUAAUUAAAAUAAAAGGCAGCAAGAGCUGUUCUUAUCCAAAUUACAUGAGAUGCUGGUAGAAGAACAGGUUUAUGAGUUAGACACAAGCUGAUUUCAAGUUGAGUUUGGUUGCAAUAGCUAUUCCUUUUUGUCCUAUUAAAUGUAUUUGAUUUCUAAAGAUUCUUGGUCCCUAGGCAUAAAUAAAAGAUCUGGAAUACCGGUAGGACUAAUCUGAAAAUGUCAACAAUGCAGUGCAACCCCUUAAUAAUUAUUAUGAUAUUAUUACAAAGACGUAUAAAUCUUCCAAACAUAGCAAGUUGAACUUUUAGCAUAUGACAGCUCCAAGUUCAGGACUAAUUAAAAACACGUCUAAUAAACUUGUCUGGUUUGUAUAUGGAGGACAUGGGAUAAGAUAUAACUAUCUCUAUAAACAGUGUUUUAUUUUUUUGAAGGGAGGGUUUUUUGUCACAUCUCUCUAUACCAGGAUGCCAGUAGGAACAAAGUUUAUCCAACAUUGAGAUCUGUGUAGUUCUAGUGAGCGUUACUGGGUCAGAAAGUACAUAAAAUUUACUCAUUUUUAUCUGGAUUUAAUUUAUUGCAGUUUGUUAUAUCAGUCCCAUGGCCGUGCCAAAAUUUCUUGUGAAUUCUGCUAUAUUGGAUAGUAUGGACAGAUCGGUUCCACACUGCAAUACUAAGAGACUGAACUGACCUCUUUCACGUUUCAUUCUAGCGUCUUGAGAAAAUGAGAUGGUUCUUCCUGCAGAUGAGACUCACUACGUGUCUCAUCUGCAGGCAUCUCACUACGUGUCUUUACGUUAUCAUCACCCAUCUGUUGGUUUUGAAGGUGCUCAUUUGUCUGCUUUUCCUAUCUCAGAAGCCUUCUCCACAAGUACCAUAUAAGUAUGCUAGGAAAACGUCUGCAUUUCAGCAGGAUCAGAAGGAAAAGAACAUAAAAAUAUCAGCCUGGAAUCCAAACCGGAGAGCCAGAGGGGCUGAGGCAGACAGCAUUUCCUGAAGAAGGGGGGAUGGUCUGGUCAGCAGAGGUGGGCAAACAGAAGAUGUAUUCAACAAUACAGGUAGUCUUUGACCCAUGACCACAGUUGCGACCCGAUUUCCGGAUAUAAGUCAUUACAGUUGUAAGUUGAGUUGUCCAUGUUGAUUGGACCCAAUUUGACGACUUUUGGGGUAAGGGUUUAAACAAAUCACUGCCGUUCUUUAAGGGAAUCUGUAGUCAUUAAGUGAUUGCCACGGUCGUAAAUAUGAACCCAUUCUUCCAAAUGGGUGGUUAUUGCCGUGACUGGGAGGUGGGGAGGGGGAGACACUGGCAACAUUUUACAACAUCUGGAAUUGCCAUAAAACACUUGCUAUCCUAUUUUUAAAGGGUCAUUAAGUGAUUUGUCCUAAUUUGAGGAACUGCCUGCAAUCUGAUGUUGCCUGGAUCCUUGACAAGUAAUGCAACCCUUUAAUUAAAGGGCACAUGAUUCAAUUUGAAGUAUUAUUGCUUAUCCACAACAUUCCAGGUUUCUAGUUUGAUCUUGGACAGGCUGGCUGUGGUUUCUAUAUUGCCUUGUUAGGGGAACACUGAGAAGCAGCAAGGUUUAGGUUAUCCUGAAGGUUGCCUUCUUAAUACUCACCAGCCAAAUUGACUGAUAAUAUGGCAGCAGGCUUUGUUCCAGAGAAGAAAAUAUUUCCAUUCUCCCCCACAGGUUUUAUCCCACAAUUUGAGUAACAGCAAGCCUCUUUUGCAUCCUACAGCCAUUCUAGCAACCCUGACCCUUGGAAGAUCACUAUCAUUCAGGGGUCAUACUGUUCCAGAUCCAUCAAGUUUUGUUUUGUUCAAGCUCCUGUUAAGUGCAAGCUUUAAUACAUGGGGUCUGACUUAUUUUUUAACACUUUUUCUUAAGUUAUUAAUAGGUUGCCCUUAAAGAGUAAUAAAAGCAUUUGUUUGCAAAGGACAGAAAUCUUCAAAAGCUCGGAUAGGAAGGGGGUCUUUGAAAGUUCGUAAGCAAAGUUCAAGGAAGGGGCAAUGGAACCAUUGGGCGAUCACUUCUACAAUUCCCACAAUUUCAAGAAAGCUUACUAGAAAUUUCAGGGGCUGAAUCCCAACACAGUUCAAUCCUGUGCCAGGAUUUUGGCUUAGGGGAAGCAGUGGCAGGCAGAUGGCUACAAGCAGAAUGAAGACCAUAGGUUCUACUUCCACUAACCCUACUGCUAGUUGCAAUGAAAUGCCUCCAUGGAGCACCUCAUGGACUGCCACAUCAAAUAUCCACUUCAUCCCAUCUUUUUAGUGAGCAAACAAUAGGGCAUGGGGGAUAUGCCCCAGCAGCAUUAUCAUUAUAUUCCUAAACUGUUAAGGCUAAAAUCAAAGUUUUGAUAAAUAGUUUUAGAGGAUUGUACAUUAGCUUGUGGUGUCCUCUCUCUGUGUUCUGUAGAUCAAUAAAAUAUGUGCUGUUCCUCA